GCUUCAAAGUGCGCCUGCGUCGCGGUUGCUUGGAAACCGCUGAGCCGCUCUUUCUGGUCCUAGGUCGCGGCUUUAAACAUGGCUAAAUUCGUGCUUGCGGGUAGAGCAGAUUGCCCAUAUUAUGCUAAAGCAGAACUUCUGGCAGACUACCUACAAAAGAAUCUUCCUAAUUUUCAGAUACAUAAAAUUGCACAGCAUCCUCAUGUUUGGGAGGAGUGGCUAAAAGAUUUGUGUGAGAAGAAGAAGUGGAGUCACAAAAACUCCCCCAUCAUCUGGAGAGAGCUGUUGGAUCGUGGAGGAGAGGGGUUGCUUUUAGGAGGCUAUAAUGAGUUCCUGGAAUAUGCCCAGCUUUACUAUGGUGUCACCUCUAGCAUGACUACUGAGCUGAUGAAGAUAAUUGCUCAGGAGAACCUGGAGGCACAUAUAAAAAAAGAACUGGAGGAAGAAGCUAGGAAAGAUCUUGUCAAACCCUUGCAGGUCUGGAUCACCAGUGCAUCUGUCCCUGCCUGCUACAGCCUAAUCCCCAUCUUGGUAAGUGGAGAGGUGUUCGGAAUGCAAACGGCAAUGAGCAUACAUCUGUUUGACAGUGAGCCAGCGGUCGAAGAUCUCCACCUUCUCAUGACUGAGACUCGGGACCUGGUGGCGCCCUUGCUCAGGGAAGUCUCUGUCUGCACCCGAGUGGAGGACGCCUUCCUCCAGGCCCACGUGGUCAUCAUCCUGGACGAGAGCACCCACCAGGAGGUGCACACUCUAGAAAGCUGCAUCCAGAGCAGGCUUCCUCUGUGUAGGCUGUACGGAGGCCUGAUCGAGAAAAAUGCUCAUGACUCCGUCAGAGUUAUUGUGGGAGGAAAAACCUUCGUGAAUCUGAAAACAGUUUUGCUUAUGAGAUACGCCCCGAACGCGGCACACAAUAUCAUCGCCGCAGCGCUGGGGGUGGAAGGCCGAGCCAGAGCCGUGCUGGCCAGAAAACUGAAAACCACCCCCUCGAGCAUCAAAAAUGUGAUAGUCUGGGGCAAUAUUACUGGAAAUAACUACAUCGAUCUGAGAAAAGCCAGGGUUUACAGAUAUGAAAGUGCUAUUUGGGGACCUCCUAACUAUUCACGUCCUGUUUUGAGCUUGAUAUUUGAUAGUGAGUGGGUUAACAGACAGUUUGUGGCGACUCUUAAAAAGUUGACGGAGACAGGAAGACAAUUUGGAAGCAUCUUAGCUGCACACAGUAUAGCCACUACGUUGAAAUACUGGUACCAGGGCUCACCUCCCGGGGAGAUCGUAUCUUUAGGAGUGCUAAGUGAAGGCCAGUUUGGUAUUCCUGAAGGGAUCGUCUUUUCUAUGCCUGUAAAAUUUGAGAAUGGAACUUGGGUGGUUCUUACAGAUCUCAAAGAUAUUGAAAUCAGUAAACGAAAAAUGACCAGAAUGGCAACUGAUCUAAUUCAGGAGAAACUUGUUGCACUUGGAGAGGUGAUCAGUUUUCAGCCCUAUCAAUCAGAAACUGACUUAGCUGAAAGAGAUGAAAAGACCAACUUACCCACCACAUAUACCAGCCAGGAAAAUCAAAGCAUCUCAGAUGAAUAUAAAGACAGAAAGUAUUCUGAUCUAACCCAAGAUGAAGAAAAUGAUCCAGAUGUGACUCCUGUAACCAUCUCUGAAAAGCCAUACAGUCAAACACCCAUAAACGAUUCUGCAGGCAAAACUACAGAACAGCAAAAGAUCAUAUGAGACCAACUAUAAAGUUAUUUAGUAAUGAAAACCUGCUUCCUCCCACAGUCCAUCCCUAAGCCACGGACAUAAGCAGCCAUGUUUGCUCAACGAGUCUCACCACCUUGGCUUCAUCUGAUUGCACCAGAAGAAACAUGCCUUACUCAAAGAGAACCAAUUCGAUCUUUUUUCACUGUGUCCAAAAACUCACACUGAGAAAAAUGGAUAAGAAGGUUGGUGUCUGGGUGAUGGUAAUGCUGGUGAACUAUGGAAGGCACACGGUUCUGCUGUGAGGUCUUCAGAGUUAGUUGGGCUGACCACCUUCCUAAGGGCUGGCUGUGUAUCCUUUCUCCUUGGAUUUGCUUGGGAUAAUUAUCCUUACAAUAAAUCACACUUUUACUUUAGCUUAGAUUGAAUAGGUUUCUGUUUCCUCACACCAGAUGUGGCCUGAAAAUAAAUAAAGUUGUGAAAAGAAAGCCUAA